UGAAGUUGGGGAUCGAGAAAGGGAUGCGUGCAACUGCAAUAUUCACGACUCCGACAGAUAAUAUGAGCACGUUAACAUGGGCCAUGAUCGGUUGGUAUUUGGUAAUGUACAUCAGUCACCAGCAGCUGCGAGCUGCCACCAUCCCAUAGAGUCUAAUAAGUCUGUUCACUGUUGUCGUCUAUCUUUAAGCUUCUAUAUACAAGUAGUUAAAGAAGAGCUAGCUAGUUGAAGGGAUAUAUCUAUCUAUCUUCCUAAUUUCAUGAGGAAGCUUUGGCCCAACUUCGUUGGUGAAGAUGCACUUGAGACUGUUCUUGAAGUUCCAAUUCCAGAAGAGGUGUUUGUGUCUAACACCAGAAACAGCAGUAGAUCAUGGAAGAACGUGAAGUCGUGGAUGAGAUCACACUUGGAGAGAUCAAAACCAUCAAUUGCAACUGCAACUCUCUUUGGAGGUCGAAGCACAGAGCUAAAGCUGUUAUUAGGUGUUGUUGGGGCGCCACUAGUGCCUGUUCAUGUGCGUAGCGAUCAAUCCGUCAAGGGGAACAUCAAAGAUCACCACAUUGAGCCUUAUUCGAUGGCCAAGUACAUAGUUCAGCAGUACAUAGCGGCUACAGGAGGAGAGAAGGUUUUGAGCUCUAUAGAUAGUAUGUACGCAAUGGGGAAAGUGAAGAUGCUGGCUACAGGCAACACCAAUCACAUCAUCAACAAUGGAAACAAUAAGAAGAUGGCGAUGGCAAACAAAAAGAAUGGGGGCUACGGAGAGGUAGGAGCGUUCGUGUUAUGGCAAAAGAGGCCAGAAUUGUGGUGCCUGGAACUAGUAGUUUCUGGGUGUAAGGUGAGCGCAGGAAGUGAUGGAAAGGUAGCAUGGAGACAGACCCCGUCCCCGUGGCAACACUCACACGCAUCUCCAGGUCCCCCUAGACCUCUUCGUCGUUCCUUACAGGGUCUAGAUCCAACUACUACAGCCAAUUUAUUCUCAAACUCUGUGUGCAUAGGCGAGAAGACAAUCGACGAUGAAGACUGUUUCGUGCUGAAGCUUGAAGCCGAACUCUCAACAUUAAGAGCUAGAAGUAGCAAUAACGUCGACAUCAUCCGCCACACUGUGUGGGGCUACUUCAGCCAGAGAACUGGCCUUCUUGUUGAGCUGGAAGAUUCUCAUCUUCUCAGGAUCAAGACACCAAGUGAUGGCACCGUCUACUGGGAAACCACGAUGCAGUCUUUUAUCAAAGACUACCGGCCUGUAGAUGGCAUCAAUGUCGCACAUGCUGGCCGGACCGCAGUGUCACUGUUUAGGUUUGGCGAGACUUCGGAGGCCCACUCAAGGACACGAAUAGAAGAAAUCUGGACAAUUGAAGAGGUUGAUUUUAAUGUACGGGGAUUGUCCAGGGACUGUUUCUUGCCUCCAAGUGACUUGAGGAAAGAGCAGGAUGGGUGUGAAGUCGUCGAGACUGCAAAUGUCAACAUUCAGCACAAGGCUCGACCUGCCUCUGUUAAGGUUGAUUCUUCUAAGAUAGUAGCAGUCGAUGUUGAUGUUUCAAACUCCACUGAUGAAGAUGAAGAAUUUUAAAGCAUCUUUUUCUUUCUUGGGUAUAUAUAUGUAUAUAUGCCAUCACCAUAUUAACAUUCCGCGAGCUAGUUUUUGCUUCAGCAACUACUAUAUAGUGAACUAAAUUAUCAUAA